AUGGCGGCGUUCGACGACAAGGCGGCUCCGCGUCGCUUGCCCGUCGCGCUCAUGGUCGCCGCUUCCGCCAGCAUUCUCGCUGCCGCGCACCUCUUGCGCUCGCUGCGCCGCAAAAACGUGCCUCGAGGCCAGCCCCGCGCGGGCCAGCGUAGCAGGGUGGCGGGCAGAGCGGCGACGGAGGAGGAACGGCGGCAGCAGCGAGCAGCGGCGGCAGAGGCGCGGCUUGCAGUGGUGGGCCCGGCAGCAGGGGAUGUAAGUGGCUGCGGUGGCGGACGCAGUGGAGGGCAGGAUAACGGGAGGGGCGCUGUAGCUGCAGCAGCGGGCACACGGGGCGAAAGGCGAGAGGGCAAUGCUGACAUGAAGCAGGGGAGUCGAAUGGGUGUGCCGUGUGGCGACACAGCAGGAGCGGCCGGGGCAUUAUUGGAUGGCGGGGUGGACAGGCACGCUGUGCAGGGCCAGGCCGUGGGGUCGCCUGGAUGGUGUGAUCCGCGAUUGACGCCGUACGGCCAAGCACUGCUGCUCAAGAAAGAGAUAGAUGAACUGGAGGAGGAUGUAAGAGCCUGGCGGGCAGCAGCAAGCGCACGGACAUCCCAGCACACAGCAGCAGCGCCAAUCUCACAAGCAUCUAGGCUGGUUGAAGGCUUGGGAGAAGCUGCACUAGAAGGCACAGAGGUGCAGAAUAAUGACAGCAGCGCAGAAGGAGAAAGGGUUGGGGAGAAAGAGGGAGAGAAGCUGCAGGCGAGAAUGACCCGGGCAGCAGUGGCUUUGGCAAGCAUCCAGCCCGACGUAAGCGUUGCACCUAUUCGACGCGAGCAGAAUGCUCGUCUUUCUCGGAUCAACGAG